AUUCAUCCAUACACACAUAUGUUUGUAUGUGUUUUUCUUUUUUUUCCAAUUUCGCUUUGGAUGGCUGAGAUUCAUCGUGACCUUGGAACAUCAACAACAACAUCAGCUAUUGCAUUUCGUGACGCGCCAAAAAAGAAACGUAUAUAUUUGUAAGUGUGUCACUAAACUAUUCUACGUAUAUAACAUAAAUACUUGCUAGUUUAAUUUGCAAAAAAAAGUGUGUGUAUCUCCCAUCCCAAUAGUUGCUACUACUUGGCAUCUUCGACACCAUCAAACCACCACCCAAUCCUUCUAAAAAAAAAAUAUUGGCAAAAAGUCUUCAUUUCAUUCAUUAGUAUAAUCUUGUGUUCACUGUUGCUUAUCGAAUAGUUUGUUCGCUUGGUUUUUUCCGAUUUUGUUUCGUGAGAUCUUUUUUGUUUGUUUGUGUAAUCAUACGAUUUUUCAUUUGUACCAGAUAUCAAUAUAGUCUUGACGAUCUGAUAUAAUUUAAUUAUGCCUUCAUCCAAACAUCUUAACUAUUAUGGCUUUUUGGGCCUAUUUGUCUGUCUAGCAACAGCAGCCAGUUUUUUCAUCCUUAAAAAUGCUGAUUGUAAUAUCGGCACUGGCCAGAAUUAUGACAAAUUAUCACCAAUACAAAUAGCUGGUAUCAUUACCGGUGGUAUCCUUUUCAUUUUGGCCUUUUUCAACAUCGCCAAUGUUCUUUAUGAUAUCAAAAUCGUUUUCUUCCUAGUAGUAAUCGCCAUUUUGGGGGUAGCCGGCGUUAUGUUUUGGGGAGCAUACAUUGCUUUCAGUGAACCAUGCAAAAGCGUAAUAGGAAUCAAUACAUCUAUCUUUUCGAAGAAUGCAUUCGAAGCUGAAGAUGGUAACAAUAUUGCUGUCAUGUUUUUGGACAUUAUUGCCGGUUUAAUGUUAUGUUCGGUUGGUUUCACAUUUGCCAAACGACUCUAGAGAUGAAAUUUAUUGGUGGCCAUUUGUCUUGAAAACACCACUUGAUAUGAUGAUUAUUAUAUAUGACCACAAUAUAUCUACACACGCCUACUCACCACACCCAUUUAUUAUAUACACAUCUAUAUUUUAUAAAAAAUUAUAAAAAUGGUUAAACAAAACAAAACAAAACAAAAAAAUUAUCUACACCCACACUUAUACACAUUUGGAAAUUUUUUUUUUGUUGUUGCUUUACGUUUUUAUUUCAACUACUACUAUUUGCAACUAAUAGAUGCCUAACACUUACACACACACACACACAAAUUUGGAACAAAAUAUGAAAAAAAAACUGAAAUCUUAUAAUUGACAAAAAUUAAAUUUCGAAAAAAAACGUACAUACUCUGAAAAAAAACAAAACUUUGAUAUGUUGAAAAACAAAAUAAUGUAAUAAUCUAUGCAAAAUCCCAGGAAUAAAAAAAAAUAGUCGUCAAAUGAAAAAUCAUACCAUGAAACAUACCACCAUACACUCAAUUUGUAAUCAUCAUUUAUGACGCCAAAGAAAAUAAAUUCAAAUGUGGAUAAAAAUUGAAAAA